AAAUAAAGGAUAGUAAGACGCUUACUUCAUCCAUCGAAUCUGUACCAAAAGAAACAGUGCCAAGAUGUAAUCGCUUGAAAACCUAUUAACGAACCAAAGUAAAUAUGGCUUGUUCUUUUCUUUAUGGGAAACCAAAUUUCAUUCAUUUACAUAAAUAAAUGAAUGACAUCAUAAAAUGUUCAUUGGACUGUAAAUAUUAUUGCCAACUGGACGAGGAACGAGGAAGAAGGUCGUCGUUCAAAUUAAAUUUAGACGAAAGUGUUUGCUUAUUGAAUGAUACAAACAAGUAUGAGCAAAGAAUUGUGGCUAAAGCUUUUAAUUUCUAUUGUAUUUAUCUCGAAGGCUUUUUCGUCGAGUUGCAACUCAUACAAGGAUUGUCUUUCUGCCUGUUGUAAAGACAAUGUUUGCGUUGAAAGUGAUGGCGACGCGAUAUGUGAAAUGCAGAAAACUAUGCGCGAUUUGCAAAGAAAAAGCUCAUACCCAUAUUGUGAUGGAAAUUGGGAUUGUGGAUAUUCUGAGUGUUGCUUGAACAACGAAUGCCAAGACAAGUCUUAUUGUGAGUUGAAAGAAACAUGUUAUACUAACUACGACUGUACGCAGAGCAAAUGUUGUAAAGAUGGUACAUGUCAGAGUUCGUGGAAAUGUUUGAGUUAUAUUUUCACAACUUCUUCACCAAGAACAAAAUCAUGUACAUACAAAUAUGAAUGCCCUUACGGUCAAUGCUGUGAAAAUAAUCGAUGUCAAACUUGCCCAACAGCCGCCCGAAACAUAGAAUAUGUCAAAACUGAGACAAAAGCUCCAGUUUAUGAAAAUGAAGAUUCUGGAUAUCAAGAUUAUAAUAAGGAGGAUAGUGGCAUAGGUACAGCUGGAACUGCUGGCAUUGUUGUCGCUGCCAUUAUUUUUGUUAUUAUAAAAAUACUGCUCAUGACAUAUUGCUACUCCAGUCGUCGGCAACGUUAUUUCAUCAUCCGUAGGCGUGUACAAUGCGUAGCAACAGUUCCAAUAGUAUCAGAAGAUGAACUUCAACGUGAAUACCAAAAUACAACUCGUGGAAUGCCACCACCAUAUUCUCCUAUCCCAGCCCAAGCUCCAAACACCCAUAACUCAGAAAAUGGAGAAGGCUGUGAUUUACUAGGUCCACCUCCAGCAUAUUCCAAUGAAGAAAAUGGAAUAAACGAAGCAUCACUAAGUAGUCAAACCAUUCCUAUCAAUGCAACAACCACUGAGCCACCAGAAAAUGAAAAUGGACCACUACCAGAAAAUGAAAAUGGAGAACCACCAGCCUAUACACAAAAUCCACCAGAACCUGCAACAACAACAACAACAGACCAAACCACUAGCACUGAUCUAACACCCACCAACACAAGCAGCAUCCAAAUUGUGAUGUGAACAGUAUUGUUUAAUUAGCAAAAGUCUUUUUGGUCAAAUGGACUUUAAGGUAUUUUUCAGACAUCUUUUUUAUAUAGCACAUAGAUUUAGUUAAAGAGUUAAUCUAAAUAAUUUAAUCCAAUCAUAACUUAAUAAUCACUUGUUUAUAGUCCAGACUGGAAAAUUUGUUCUAUGUACCCAAGUCGUCUAGGGCACAAUUUUGAGAAAACAAGGCUUACAUCCAUGAAAAUUUUGAAUAGUUGGUGACUUGCCGUGUAGUUUACAAACUUUCCAAUCUGCUUUGUACUUUUUAGAAUUAUUAGUGAUAGCUAUUUUUUUAUGACAUAUUCAGUUCUGUGGUAUGAGCAUUCAAUUUUAAAUGUGAUGUUAUCUGAAUGUAACUUGCACAAUCUUUGCGAAAAUUCAUUGUCAACCAUAUUGCAUUUGUAACUUUGAUUUGAAUAAAAAUUUGUAAAAUGAGGA